AACGUUUAUAAUGGAUACAGCAUCGUACGACGAGUUUGGCAACUAUAUCGGACCGGAUCUGGAGAGUGAUGAUGAUGACGACCAAAGCAUCUACGGGCAGGCAGACCAGCAGGAGGACGAAGAGGAAGAGCUGAUGGACGAUGAGCCGGAACAGGAGGAGGAAGAAAAGCGUGCCUCAAAAGCGGUUGUUCUGCACGAGGACAAACGCUACUAUCCUACCUCGCUCGAGGUGUACGGUGAGGAGGUGGAAACGAUCGUACAGGAGGAGGACGCUCAACCGCUUGACAAGCCCUUGAUUGAGCCGGUGAAACGGAUGAAGUUUCAGCUUAAAGCACAAGAACUUCCCGAAACAACGUACAAGAUGGAGUUCCUGUCGGAUUUGAUGGACACACCGACACUCAUCCGGAAUGUGGCUCUGAUCGGGCAUUUGCACCACGGGAAGACGACGUUUGUGGAUUGUUUGGUGCGUCAAACGCACCCGCAGCUGCGCAACAUGGAAGAACGUAACCUUCGCUACACGGACACGCUUUUCACCGAGCAGGAACGUGGCGUUAGCAUUAAAGCAACUCCAAUGACUCUUGUGCUGCAAGAUGUGAAAGGAAAAAGCUUCCUGCUGAACACGUUCGACACACCCGGGCAUGUAAACUUUUCCGACGAAGUGACCGCUUCGAUGCGGUUGUGUGACGGUGUGGUACUGUUUGUGGAUGCAGCGGAAGGUGUUAUGCUGAAUACGGAACGACUGCUUAAGCACGCGAUCCAGGAGCGGCUAUCGUUUACACUUUGCAUCAACAAAAUCGAUCGUCUGAUUCUGGAACUGAAGUUACCACCGCAGGAUGCGUACUUCAAGCUGCAGCACAUUGUGGACGAGAUAAAUGGACUGCUAAUGCUGCACGGCGAUUCGACCGUUAAGCCCGUCUCGCCGGUUUUGGGCAACGUGUGCUUCGCCAGCUCACUGUACGGCGUUUGUUUUACGCUGAAAUCAUUCGCCCGACUGUACGCGGACACGUACGAUGGUGUAAAUGUGGAAGAAUUUGCCAAACGGCUUUGGGGCGAUAUGUACUUCCAGCCGAAGACACGCAAAUUUACGCGCAAACCAGCACACACGUCGGCACAGAGGAGUUUUGUGGAGUUUGUGCUGGAACCGUUGUACAAACUGUUCGCUCAGGUUGUUGGGGAUGUGGACACGACGCUAAUUGACACGCUUGCCGAGCUACAGAUACCGGUUUCGGGGGAGGAAAUGAAGUGUAACAUCCGGCCACUGCUUCGUACCGUUUGCAAUCGUUUUGUGGGCGAUUUUUGUGGCUUUGUACAGAUGUGUGUGGAGCACAUCCGGUCACCGUUGGAGAAUGCCCAGGUAAAGGUGGACCAUAUCUACACGGGAGUGCGGGAGAGUGGCAUCUAUCAGGAUAUGCUGCAGUGUGACGCGAACGCCCAGCUAAUGGUCCACAGCUCGAAGAUGUAUCCGACGGAGGAUUGUACGUUUUUCCAGGUGUUGGCACGUGUUAUGAGCGGAACACUGCACGCCGGACAGGAAGUGCGUGUGCUGGGAGAAAACUACACACUCCAGGAUGAGGAAGACAGUCGAGUGCUGCAGGUUGGACGGCUCUGGAUCUACGAAGCAAGGUACAAAAUCGAACUAAAUCGUGUACCGGCCGGAAAUUGGGUGUUGAUCGAAGGAAUCGAUCAAUGUAUCGUAAAAACGGCCACCAUUACCGAUGUACAGAUGACCGAGGAUGUGUUCAUCUUCCGGCCACUUAAGUUCAACACCCAAAGCGUCAUUAAAAUCGCAGUUGAACCGGUAAACCCGUCCGAACUGCCCAAAAUGUUGGACGGAUUGCGAAAGCUUAACAAAUCCUACCCGCUACUAUCGACGCGUGUAGAAGAAUCCGGUGAGCACGUGAUUCUUGGAACCGGGGAACUCUAUCUUGAUUGCGUGAUGCACGAUCUACGCAAAAUGUACUCCGAGAUUGACAUAAAAGUGGCCGACCCGGUGGUAGCAUUCUGCGAGAGUGUCGUCGAAACGAGUUCCCUCAAAUGCUUCGCUGAAACACCAAACAAGAAGAACAAAAUAACAAUGAUAGCGGAACCGCUCGAAAAGGGACUGGCCGAAGACAUCGAGAAUGAAACCGUCUCGAUCGGCUGGAACAAGAAAAAAUUGGGUGAAUUUUUCCAGGUAAACUAUCAGUGGGAUUUGCUGGCGGCACGAUCAAUCUGGGCCUUUGGACCUGACUCAACCGGACCUAACAUACUCGUGGACGAUACUCUACCGUUCGAGGUGGACAAAACACUGCUCGGUACGGUGAAGGAUUCGAUCGUACAAGGAUUCCAGUGGGGAACACGUGAAGGCCCCCUAUGCGAGGAACCGAUACGAAAUGUUAAGUUCAAAAUACUUGAUGCGGUUAUAGCCCCAGAACCGUUGCACCGUGGUGGUGGACAGAUCAUUCCAACCGCCCGACGGGUGGCAUACUCUGCCUUCCUAAUGGCAACGCCACGCCUAAUGGAACCCUAUCUAUUCGUCGAAGUACAAGCACCGGCCGAUUGUGUUUCGUCCGUUUACACCGUGCUGGCAAGACGUCGUGGUCACGUUACACAGGACGCACCAGUACCGGGUUCGCCACUCUACAUCAUCAAAGCGUUCCUUCCCGCAAUCGAUUCGUUCGGAUUUGAAACGGAUCUACGUACGCACACGCAAGGACAAGCAUUCUGCCUAUCCGUCUUUCACCACUGGCAGAUUGUUCCUGGUGAUCCGCUGGACAAGAGCAUCAUCAUUCGACCGCUGGAACCGCAACCGGCGACACACUUGGCGCGUGAGUUUAUGAUGAAGACGCGCCGUCGGAAGGGUCUGUCGGAGGAUGUGUCGAUAAACAAGUUCUUCGACGAUCCUAUGCUGCUCGAGCUGGCACGCCAGGAUGUGCUGUUGAACUAUCCAAUUUAAGAC